CCAAAUUGAACCCAUCAACAAAAAAAAAAAAACGAAUUUAUCAGAAAGAAGAAAAAAAAAAACCUAAAAGAGCAAACUUUAAUUUUUGUUUCCGCCACAAACCUCAAAAAUCCUCAAUCAUCAUCAUCAGUCAUCAACAUCCAUGGCGGCCACCUCUAGCAUCUCUUCUUCCCUCUCUCUCAAUGCUAAACCCAAUAAACUCUCUAACAAUUCCAACAACAACAAGUCUCACCGUUUCCUCCGUACUACUCCCUUCCUUAAACCCUCUUCCUCCUUCUCUCCUCUAUCCUCUUCUUCUCCCUCGCUUCCGCUUAAGGUUUCUUCAAACCCUCUUACCCCUUUGGCGGCAGACAACGAUGACUACGACGAGAAGCCUCGGGAGGAGUGCGGAGUUGUCGGAAUCUACGGCGACUCUGAAGCUUCACGUCUCUGUUACUUAGCUCUCCACGCGCUUCAGCAUCGUGGUCAAGAAGGUGCUGGUAUUGUUACCGUUAGCAAAGACAAGGUUCUUCAGACCAUUACUGGUGUUGGUCUUGUCUCCGAGGUUUUCAGCGAGUCCAAACUCGACCAGUUACCAGGAGACAUCGCCAUCGGUCAUGUCAGGUACUCCACCGCUGGCUCUUCCAUGCUCAAAAACGUUCAGCCUUUCGUCGCUGGUUAUCGAUUUGGCUCUGUUGGUGUUGCUCACAAUGGCAAUCUUGUUAAUUACACGAAAUUGAGAGCUGAUUUAGAAGAGAACGGUUCCAUUUUCAACACUAGCUCUGAUACUGAGGUUGUGCUUCAUUUGAUUGCCAUCUCCAAAGCUAGACCCUUUUUCAUGAGAAUCGUUGAUGCUUGUGAGAAGCUUCAAGGUGCGUAUUCUAUGGUCUUUGUUACCGAGGAUAAGCUUGUUGCUGUUCGUGACCCUCAUGGGUUUAGGCCUUUAGUUAUGGGUAGGAGAAGUAAUGGAGCUGUUGUGUUUGCUUCCGAGACUUGUGCGCUUGAUUUGAUUGAAGCUACUUAUGAGAGAGAGGUUUAUCCUGGUGAGGUUUUGGUUGUUGACAAAGACGGUGUCAAGUGUCAGUGUCUUAUGCCUCACCCUGAGCCUAAGCAAUGCAUUUUCGAACACAUUUACUUCUCCUUGCCUAAUUCGAUUGUCUUUGGUCGGUCUGUGUAUGAGUCUAGGCAUGUGUUUGGUGAGAUAUUAGCUACUGAGUCACCUGUUGAUUGCGAUGUGGUGAUCGCUGUGCCUGACUCUGGCGUUGUGGCUGCUCUUGGUUACGCUGCUAAAGCUGGUGUAGCGUUUCAGCAAGGUUUGAUUAGGUCUCAUUACGUUGGAAGGACGUUCAUUGAGCCGUCUCAGAAGAUCAGAGACUUUGGUGUGAAGCUGAAGCUAUCACCAGUCCGAGGAGUUUUAGAAGGGAAAAGAGUCGUUGUUGUGGAUGAUUCGAUCGUUAGAGGAACAACUUCGUCCAAGAUUGUGCGUUUACUGAGAGAAGCGGGAGCUAAAGAGGUUCACAUGAGGAUCGCGAGUCCACCUAUCAUCGCAUCUUGUUACUACGGAGUGGACACACCUAGCUCAAACGAGUUGAUAUCGAAUAGGAUGAGUGUUGAUGAAAUCAGGGAUUACAUAGGAUGUGACUCCCUUGCGUUCUUGUCGUUUGAGACGUUGAAGAAACACUUGGGGGAAGAUUCUAGAAGCUUCUGCUACGCGUGCUUCACCGGGGACUAUCCUGUUAAGCCCACUGAGGAUAAAGUGAAGCGAGGAGGAGAUUUUAUAGAUGAUGGUCUCGUUGGAGGAAUCCACAACAUUGAAGGUGGUUGGGUUCGGUAGAUAAGCUGAUGUGAUGGGAGUUCUGAUUCUGCAUUUAUGAAUACAAUUUUGGGUACUAAUGGAGAGUUAUAUGAUGACGAAAAAAAAUCAAAUCUUGUUGAAUUUUGUGAUCCAUUCGACCUUAAUUGCAGCCACAUUUUACUGUUUUAUUCACUAUUCAGUCUUGGAUGGAUAAAAGUGUUGUUCUUGUCUGAAUCUUUCUUUGUUUUCAUUGCAACUUACUACUACAAAGCAGAGAGACCUCUGUAUACUAAAAAAAUUUGAUUCGGUUA